UCCGUAUCUGCAGGGUUUCGUUUUCCAUACGGCUGUAUGUCUAGUUGUAUGUUUGUCUAGUUGUAUGUUUAUGUUUAUGUUUAUGUUUAGUUGUUUCGAAUGUGGAAUUGCAAACGAGGAGCUCUGCAAUGAAACUCUGCAAAUGAACGGAAUGGCCGUGAGAAAGAAGAGUAAACGAGAUGAUCCGUUUGUUUACGAUGUCAUUCUGUGCCGUAUUGUUUUUGGACAUAAUUAGCGCCUGCGUCCCAGGAGAAUAUUUCAAUAAUAAUCAGUGUUGUCCCAAAUGCAACCCCGGUAGUGUUGUAAAGACUCACUGCUCAGAUAUAACUAGCACAGUUUGCAUACCAUGUACGGAUGAGACAUAUAUGGACCACCCCAAUGGUGUCACGAAGUGCUUGAGAUGCAAGGCCUGUGACAGUGGAGCCGGCCUUAUAACAAAGAAAGCUUGCACGUAUACUUCUAACACGGAAUGUGACUGUGAAACGGGAUCAUUUUGUGAUGUACACUGUGAUAUAUGUCAAAAACAUAAAAUAUGCAGUCCUGGAGAAAGAGUAAAGAUAAACGGAACAAAAAGAACGGAUACAGUGUGUGAACAGUGUCCCGAAGGUACAUUCCGGAAUGAAACUAUGUCAGACUGCAUUCCUUGGACGAAGUGUUCAUCUGGAUCAGUGGAAAAAGCAGGAACAAACACUUCUGACAUUGUUUGUGGAUCAGCAAUGCGUGCUAGAUGGUGGUAUCACUAUCUAGGAGUACCCGCAGUUUUGAUUUAUAUUAUCUGUAUAUGUACAUACUGGUGCAGGCAGCAGAGAAAUACAGAAGGAUUUAGUGUUCAGGAGACAGGCAUUCAACAGCAUCCUGAAGCUGAGCCACAGUUGACUAAUUGUUGAUCUGUUCAAUCUUCCUUGGUAAGAAGACUUAUGGGACAAUAUAUAGAAAAA